AUGCCCACGCAGGGUGGCUUGGAGUCUGCCGGUCCCCCUUGGGGCUGGGUGUGGGAAGAGGAAGACGACUGGGACAGCCCUAUUCUGAGCCUGCUGGCUCUCGCUGUGGUGGCCGCCACGGCUCUGGCCUUGCACUGGUUUGGCUCUGGGCAGCACCAGGCAGCGUCAGGACAAGCGGCCACAGACUCCGGGGCCCAAACUGCCCAGGCUGGAGGACCCGGGCAAGUAUUGCCGCCAAAGGCCAGUGGCGGCAUCGAGGGACACAGCCCAGGGCAGGGAAAGGCAGAUGCUCCGGGACAAGGUGAGGGGAAUGCGGCGGUGGCGGGGGCCCCGAAGCAGAAGCCUUUGGCAGGUGGAGGAGGGCCGGCUGCCACGGAAGCUUCUCGGCUCCAGACAGCUGGUCAAGUGGCUGUCAGAAGGAGACAUGGCGACAGCACUCCAGAGGGUCCCCAAGGGCCAGGAAAGGAACCCCUGGAGAGAAGCAAAGUCGGAGGGGCAUCUGCCCCCCUCUUGAUAUACUUCACCCCUCGGAGUCCUGGUGAAGAUGGGGUGGCAGCAGGGAGCAUCGGAGCCAAGCUACUGGCCCACACCACAGCAGAAGAUAGUGGACCGGGGCCAAGGGCUACGGGACCACGCAGUUCUUUGGGGCGAAGCCCCCGCACCCGGCUGCAGGGGCAGGCGGCCGGCUUAGGAGCGACACCUCGAGGCCGCCCCAAAUCAGACCGUCUCUGCCUGGGCAACGUGGUGAGUGUGUGGGACACAGUGGAUGCAGCCCUCAGCCUCGCAGCCGGUGCCCAGAACAUGCCUUUCCCCCAGGAGCUGCCCCCGUCACACCCCGGGCAGGCUGGGGUCCCGACAGAUGGCCGGGAAAGCUGCCCCCAGCCAGCAGCUCCACAGCUCACAGUAGCCUCAGGGGCCAAAGCUGAGGAGAGCAAGAAGGCUGGGCCCCAGGCCCUCAGCGAGUCUCAGGGGUCUCCGACUUCCAGGGAAGGCUGGCCCUGGGCAAGGCAGGAAGUCCUUGUCACCGGGAGCCCCUUGUGCCCACAGCCGGCACAGGGCGGGCCACUCCAAGCGCAGGGGACCAUAGAGGCGCCCAGCGCGGCAACACCGGAGGUGCACUGGCCUGUUGAAUCCUGCAGACCGGGGCAGGGCCAGGCAGGACAGAGCGGUGGGCAGGGGGCAGGCGACAAAGCAUCACUGCAGGUGCAGGCACAGCCUGCCCCCGCUCGCCCCGGCCCGUCCACCCCCACCUCUGCGCCCGCCGGUACCUCAGCGUCACAGGUCUCCACGCCGGCCCCCACUCCCUCCGCAGCCCGAACCCCGGGCCCGGGCCCCACCGCCUCCUCUGUCGACGUUCCCGCCCCCGCCCGAGGCCCCACAGGCCCGGCUCCAGUCCCAGCCCUGACGCCAACUGCGGCGCCCACCCCCGCCCGCAGCCCGGUGCCCGCCCCGGCCGCAGCCCCCGGCCCUGCCUUCGCCUCUGUCCCCGCUCCCACCCACGCCCCAACCCCCGGCCCUGCGCCCACGCGAGCGCCCACCCCCACCCCCGCCCCCGCCCCGACGCCUGCCCCUGCCACCGCCCCAGUAUCCGCUCCGGCCCCGGCCCCCGCUCCGGCCUCGGCCCCGGCUCCGGCCUCGGCCCCGGCUCCGGCCUCGGCCCCGGCCCCAGCCCCAGCCCCAGCCCCAGCCCCUGUCCCCGCUCCAGCCCCGACCCCCGUCUCGAUCCCUGCCCCGACGCCUGCCCCCACCUCGACCCUAAUCCCUGCCCCUGCCCCGACCGUCGUCGCCCCUGCCCCCAGCCCCGACCCGGGGCCGUCGGAGCCCGGCCAGGCGUCCCAGAAGCCUGGGGUCGCCCCCGCGGGCGGCGAGCACGAGGGGCGCCCCUCGACCAGCUGGGGGAACCUGAUCUCGAUGGUUCUCAGGAAUCACCCCUUCCCCAGGCGGGAGGGCCCCCAAGGGGGAGCCUCCGGCCUCCCCGCACCGCCCGCGACCCCCGCAGGGGCCGCCCCCGGCCUCCCGGCCACGCUCGCGGGGGGCCCGGCUGAGGACGCGAGCCCAGCCCCGCGGAGCGGCUCCCCGACGCCGCAGCCUCCCGCGCGCGCCCCGGGAGAGGGCCCCGAGGGGCCACGCGGGGACGCCAAGGACCCGCACGCCGCGCCCCCCGCGCAGCAGCCCCGCGCCGCGCGGCGGGACACGCGGCCGCAGCCCCGACCGCGGAGGCGCAGCCAGGGCGAGGCGGCCCGGAGCCCCCCGGGGCGGCUGCAGGGCGCGCGGCAGAGCGAGGCGCAGAGGGAGGCGCGCAGGCUGCUGGCCUUCCUGCAGAAGCCGGGGCGCUGGGGGGCCGCGGAGGGGCUCCGGAGGCCCCGCGCGGCGGCCCGCGAGCCGCCGUCGACGGCAGCAGCGCCCGUGCAGCGGACGCUGGACCUGGGCAACUGCCUGGAGGCGCUGGCGUGGGCCCAGCAGCGCGGGGAGCCCGGCCUGGCCCACGACACGUACGCGCUCAUGAGCGACAACCUCCUCCGCGUGCUGGCCGAGCCCGGCCUCUACCGGCAGCUGAGCGCGGCGGAGCGCGAGCGCAUCCUCGGCUUGCGGACCCGCCGCGGCCAGGCGGUGCUGGCGGUGCUGGUGCUGCCCAGCCUCUACCAGGCGGGCCGCGCCGGGCUGGCGCGCCGGGCUCUCGCGGAAGGGGCUCCCGCCGCCGGGCCCGCGCCGCCCCCCGCCCGCGCCCAGCUGCACGUGUUCAGCCCCCAGGACAACGCCUGGCGGCCGCUGACCGCCGUGCCCACCGAGGCCCCGCUGCGGGGCUGCGCGCUCUGCACCAUGCACAACUACCUGUUCCUGGCGGGCGGCAUCCGCGGCUCGGGCGCGCAGGCCGUCUGCUCCAACCAGGUCUUCUGCUACAACCCCCUGACCGACAUCUGGAGCCAGGUGCGGCCCAUGCAGCAGGCGCGCGCCCAGCUCAAGCUGGUGGCCCUGGACGGGCUGCUUUACGCCAUCGGCGGCGAGUGCCUGUACAGCAUGGAGCGCUACGACCCGCGCACGGACGCCUGGACCGCCCGCGCGCCCCUGCCCGCGGGCACCUUCCCCGUGGCGCACGAGGCCGUGGCCUGCCGCGGCGACAUCUACAUCACGGGCGGCCACCUCUUCUACCGGUUGCUCAGGUACAGCCCCGAGCAGGACGCGUGGGACGAGUGCCCGUACAGCGCCAGCCACCGGCGGUCCAGCGACAUGGUGGCGCUGGGGGGCUUCCUGUACCGCUUCGACCUGCUGCGAGGCGUGGGCGCCGCCGUCAUGCGCUACAACACGGUGACCGGCUCCUGGAGCCGGGCGGCCUCGCUGCCCCUGCCUGACCCCGCUCCGCUGCGCUGCGCCGUGCUGGGCAACACCAUCUACUGCCUCAACCACCGGGUCACGGCCACGUUCACCGUGUCCGAGGGCACGGCCCAGUUCCAGGCCAAUGAGCUGCAGCCCUGCCCUCUGGGGAGCACGGGCAUCCUCUGUCCCUUCGUCCUGACUCUGCCCCCGGCUGUUCCCCAGCAGACUGCUCUCUGA